CGCCGGGUUAUGGUGGCACCGGGCUGAGCGCCGGGACGCGCCGAGGCGGCAGCGGGGGCCGAGCCCGGAGCCAUGGAGGGGCCUGGCCAGGAGGCCUACGAGGAGGGGAUGAGGAGGAGCCUGGACCCCGAAGGCUACGAGGACCCCGGGCUAAAGAGCUCCCACCUGUCGCUGGGCGAGAUGAGCACUGUGUCGGUGACCGAUGUGGACCUGGAGGCAGCAGGGAGCAGGAGGCUCCUGUCCCAGCCGGACAGCCAUGAGGGAUAUGUGGAGCUGCACGAGCUGGUCCUGGACAAUGCAAAGGACUUGUGCUGGAUGGAGGCCGGCCACUGGCUCAGGCUGGAGGAGGAUUUCCAGGAGUCCGGGGACUGGAGCCAGCCCCAUCUGUCCUUCCUGACCUACCACAGCCUCCUGGAGAUCCGCCGGGCUCUGAGCAAAGGUGCCAUCCUCCUCAACCUGGAGGCCAACUCGCUGCCGGCCAUCGUCCACAUCCUGCUGGACCAGCUCAUCUACGAGGGGCAGAUGAAGCCGCAGGACCGGGACGAUGUCAUGAGGACGCUGCUCCUGCGCCACAGUCACCCCACCGAGGACGAGUCGGUGUGGACGAUGCCGCCGGCGCUGGUGCAGCGCUCGGGCACCGGCAGGGCCGACGUGGAGCGGCCUCUCCUGAGGGAGCAGCGGCCCAUGGAGAUGAGCAGGAUGGCGGGGAAGGAGCAGAGCGGGGUCCCCAAACCCCAACUCCUGGAGACGAUCCCAGAGGGUGCUGAGGCCACCCUGGUCCUUGUGGGCUGUGCAGCCUUCCUGGAGCAGCCCAUGCUGGCCUUUGUGCGCCUGAAGGACGCGGUGACACUGGACGGUGUCCUCGACGUGUCCAUCCCCGUCCGCUUCCUCGUUGUGGUGCUGGGGCCCGACACGCCCCAGAUCAGCUACCACGAGAUCGGCCGUGCCAUCGGCACCAUGAUGUCCGAGAGGGUGUUCCGCCGGGACGCGUACCUGGCCGAGGGCCGGCAGGAGCUGCUGCGGGCCGUGGAGGAUUUCCUGGACGCCAGCAUCGUCCUGCCGCCCAGCGAGGCGCCCAGCGAGCCGCUGCUCCGCGCCCUGGUGCCGCUGCAGCGGGAGCUGCUCCGCCGGCGCUACCAACCCCUGGAGAGGCUGCACAUCGGGGACUUCCUAAAGGAUCUGGGUACGGCAGGGACCCCCGCAAUCCGCUGUGCCCGGUGGGACCCCCUCCUUGGACACGGGGUCCCCUCAUGGGCGCCUGGCGUGUCCCCAGGGAAGGACGAGGCGGCUGCGGAGGAUGACGACCCCCUGCGCAGGACGGGGCGGCCCUUUGGGGGGCUGGUGCGGGACAUCCGCCGCCGCUACCCCAAAUACCUCAGCGACAUCAAGGACGCGCUCAACCCGCAGUGCCUGGCCGCCGUCAUCUUCAUCUACUUCGCGGCGCUGUCCCCCGCCAUCACCUUCGGGGGCUUGCUGGGUGAGAAGACCAAGGGGAUGAUGGGGGUGUCGGAGCUGCUCAUCUCCACCUGUGUGCAGUGCGUGCUCUUCAGCCUCCUCAGCGCCCAGCCCCUCCUCGUCGUCGGCUUCUCGGGACCCCUCCUGGUCUUUGAGGAAGCCUUUUACUCGUUCUGCAGCAGCAAUGGCCUGGAGUACAUCGUGGGACGGGUCUGGAUCGGGUUCUGGCUGAUCCUGCUGGUGCUGGUGGUGGUGGCGUGCGAGGGCAGCUUCCUGGUGCGCUACCUGUCCCGCUACACGCAGGAGAUCUUCUCCUUCCUCAUCUCCCUCAUCUUCAUCUUCGAGACCUUCUCCAAGCUGGUCACGAUUUUCAAGCAACACCCACUGAAGAGGGUGUACGACGUGCAGGAUGAGGUGCAGCCCGGGGUGCCCGAGCCCAACACGGCGCUGCUGUCCCUGGUGCUCAUGGCUGGCACCUUCUUCCUGGCCUACUUCCUCCGCGUGUUCAAGAACAGCUCCUUCCUGCCCGGCAAGGUGCGGCGCCUGAUCGGGGACUUUGGGGUGCCCAUUUCCAUCUUCAUCAUGGCACUGGCUGAUUUCUUCAUCAACGACACCUACACCCAGAAACUCAGCGUCCCCAAAGGGCUGCAGGUCACCAACGCCACUGCCCGGGGCUGGUUCAUCCACCCCAUGGGGGACACCACCCCCUUCCCCAUCUGGAUGAUGUUUGCCUCCGUGAUUCCCGCCCUUCUGGUCUUCAUCCUCAUCUUCCUCGAGACGCAGAUCACCACCCUCAUCGUCAGCAAGCCCGAGAGGAAACUGGUGAAGGGCACCGGCUUCCACCUGGACCUGCUGCUGAUCGUGGCCAUGGGGGGGCUGGCAGCCCUCUUUGGCAUGCCCUGGCUCAGUGCCACCACCGUGCGCACCAUCACCCACGCCAACGCCCUCACCAUCAUGAGCAAGACCUCGGCCCCGGGGGGCAAACCCCAGAUCCUGGAGGUCAAGGAGCAGCGCAUCAGCGGCCUGCUGGUGGCUGUGCUCAUUGGCGUCUCCAUCCUGAUGGAGCCCAUCCUGAAGUACAUCCCCCUGGCCGUGCUCUUUGGCAUCUUCCUCUACAUGGGGGUCACCUCCCUCUUUGGCAUCCAGCUCUUUGACCGCAUCCUGCUCCUGCUGAAGCCCCCCAAGUACCACCCUGACGAGCCCUAUGUCACCAGGGUGAAGACUUGGAGGAUGCACCUCUUCACCUUCACCCAGAUCGUUUUCCUCGUGGUGCUGUGGGUGGUGAAGUCCACGCCGGCCUCGCUGGCUCUGCCCUUUGUCCUCAUCCUCACCGUGCCCCUGCGGCGCUUCCUGCUGCCCAGGAUCUUCCGGGACAUCGAGCUCAAAUGUCUGGAUGCAGAUGACGCCGUGGUGACCUUUGACGAGGCAGAGGGGACAGAUGUGUACAACGAGGUGCAGAUGCCCAGCUAAGGGCACCCCCAACGCCCCCCCAGCCCCGCUGCCAUCUGCACUGCUGCCAUCCUGAGGCCACCGGGCCACCAUCAAGGACUGGGGACACAGUCCCCACCUGCCCACCCUUGGGAAUGGAGCC